AAUUUAUGGAUUUUAAUUUUGAUCUUCAGCACCAUAUAUACACUCCACCCUGGUAGACGUUGGGUUACUGCGCAAUCUCUCACAGAGCCACCAGUUUAUCAGCCUGAUGAAGAGCUCACUGUGGAUAUCGGAGACUCGGCUACUCUGCGGUGUUGUGUUUCUGAAAACCAGAUUGGAAUAAUAGAGCUGUUUAAGCAACCAAACAGGAAAAAACCUCAGAUUAUACUUACAGUAUAUAAACCUAAUAAAGAAAUAUUUUACAAUGGAUUUCAGAAGACUGAUUUCCUGAUAGAAAAAUUUUCAAACUGCUUCAAUGUGACCAUUUUACACACAGUUCAGACUGAUGAAGCCAUGUACUACUGCGCACUGCCGAAACCCAACCCUGUGUUUGCAGAUGGAACUUAUUUAAAAAUUAAAGGUGAGCAUGUUACUGUUUUAUCAGAAACAUCUAAACCAGUUCUGCGUAAUAAUUCAGUGGUGUGUAAACCAACUUUAAAUGGAAACAGCACUAACAUGACCACACAAGAGAAAACAGUGCUCAGUUUGGGAACGGCUUUGGGUUUGUGUGCACUCCUGAGUCUCUGUCUCACUUUUUUCCUACUGAUUAGAAGCAAACACGAUAAAAUAAACACUUCUAUGAUAGGUUCUUCAGGUAUCAGGCAGGAAUCUGAAGCGGAAUCACUAAAUUAUGCAGCUCUGAAAUUCCCCAAGAGGAAAGUAAAUGCUGAAAAAAGGACAACUAGCACACUAACUGAGUGCGUGUACAGUGAUGUUAAACGGUCGCGGGGACCUGGAGCCCAGGAGACUUAGGGCACGGGGCAGGGUACACCCUUAAAAGGGUGCCAAUCCAUCUCAGGGCACACACACACUUAUUCACACACUAUGGGCAGUUUGGGAACACCAGUUAGCCUGAUCUGCAUGUCUUUGGACUGUGGGAAAAAACCUGAGUACCCGGAGGAAACCCACCAAGCACGGCGAGAACAUGCAAACUCCAUGCACACAGAUACAGGAAUUGAGCCUGGCUGGGAAUUGAACCCAGACCCUGGAGGCUAAAACCCUUUUGUUCGAUCAGGAGAAUGUAAAUGCAUCCCCUCUCACCUGUCUGUCUCCGGGUCUCUCUAUGACUAACAUGUUAAUGACUGGUACUUUUGAUGUUUGGGACGUAGCACCGUUUAAAUGUGCUCUCUU